AUGGUAGAAAUCAUCGUCCUGUCUGAGGAUGAGGCUGAUGAAGUGCCGAAAAAUAUGACCGGAAGCACAGAGAAUUCGAAGAAGGUUCCAGAUAAUCCCGGUGCUUCAGAUAAUACUGAACAUGAUCACAAGAGACCUUACAAGCUUGUUCUGGUCGACUCACGCCGAUGCCCCCGCAUGCCACGGCCAAGAUACUUACCUAUAACAUUGCCUCAUGAGGUCUCACCCAGGGCUGUGGACGAAGUUUGCGGUCAGCCCAUUGGCUCUUUGGACUGCAGAGGUGUACACAUGCCUGCGGAAGCCUUGAGAUCUCCAAGGGAGAUAGAGGAUGAGGAAGAAGACCCAGACUAUGAGGAUGUGCGACCAUCAAAAAGACGCAGGACUGGGGAGAAAAAGGUGCCGAAGAAGCAUGGAAGAUUGACAGCUCCAGAUUGGGAAGUCGUCAGGAAUGGAUGUGGUGGCAGACACUCUGAGAAGGGAGCCACACUUCCGGCGAAGGCUGUGAUCGAUCGAAAAGAAGCCCGAGGUUAUGUGAAGAGGAUGACGGCGAAUGUUGACUGGGAAGAUAUACUGAGACACCUGGAAACGCUGAAUUUCACUGCUGCGACUCCAAAUGCAGGCCAUAUGAACCGGCAAAGAGUCGACGUCAAAACCAAACCUGGUCCAAGCAAAGCAAAUCGACUGAAGCAAUAUUGGCAAAAUGUCUUGAUGAAAAGCAUCUUGAAGAUGGAUGUUAACGCCAUAAAACAAUGA